AUGCUAGCCGAUAUCAUCAGUUGGGUCAAAGGCAUGAUCACUCAGCCUUCUACCUCAUCUGGCACUGCCACUCAUACUGCAUCAUCAACCAAUGGACCCGAUGUGAAGACAACCGGCAAACCCUCUGGAGCCAAGCUCCGCUUUGGCCUUCAAAUCGACCUACCCCUCCACACCAUGGACCCUUCCAAGGACACAGUUUCCUGUGUCUUGGAUGUCCCCGAGUCCUGGACUCCCAAACACGUGCUAUUGACGAUCGCUGUUAGAACUGUCGGAUUCGGACGACUCCGGAGUGGAAUCGGAGACUUAGCAUGGAAGGACCUCGGCCUCAGCGACUCAGAGGGAAAGUCUCUUGGGGGAAUUCAAGUCGAUUUCGGACUGAGGUUACAAGUUACUAUGUACAUUGGAUGUAAGGAGGGGUCCGGAAUCAAAAGGAACAAGGGUACUCUGAAAGGAGACAAAGGGAGCUGA